AUAGUUGUUCGUCGACAGCAGCUAGACGCCAAGUGCGUAUACUUACAUACUUAAGCGGUUAUUGUAUACGCUAUUUUCUGCGUCUAGAUUGCCGCAUACGCUAGUCGUUUUGUCAGGGACCAACCUGUUGUCACGUAAUGGGAGUAUAUGGGUCUAUCCCAACCGGGUGUGGACAUUUUCUUGGAAUAAGAGAUCCCAGGUGUCCCUCUACGGUCGUUCGGCCUCAUCAUCUUCAGCAAUGAUCUCAGCGUCUCUCGCAUAAUUUUGACAAGUCAUUGCGUGCGAGAAGUUGAAUGUAAUCAAUGCCAAAUGUGAGCAGUUACGUAAACUAUGCAAUGGAAUAUACGGAGAUCGGUAAACCUGACGUUCGUAAGAAAUGCAGUUUUACACAACUUGUGCGUUAUAAUAUAAUAUAAAAUAAUCGCUUGUUUUUCUUUGUCAUUUAUAUACGACGUCGUUAUUGAUGAGAAGGAGAAAAGAGAGAGAAGAAUUUAAAUUCUCAGUAUAUUUGUUAACAUAACGACAAAAGACGACUAUUUCAUGGCUUUUUUUUCCGAAAUGAUAUUCACGGAAUUAUAGCAAUGGAAGAUCAUUUUACAACUAUCCCCACUACUGUUACUAUCCUACAGGAUUUUUAUUGGUGGGUUGUGGGAUACAGAACAACGACAGUCGUCACAUGUGAUAUAUUUCAGUUUGGUAAGCGUCAGUCCUCUGGCAACUGACCUCUGUGGUUUUUCAUAUUUACAUCAAGUUGGAAUGAUCAGUUUUAAAAAUUCUUCUAAAUUCAACAAUUUCAUUUAUCAUCAAUAAGAAUCAAUAAGAAUCAAAAUAUGAAUGAUUCGUUCUCAUCAAAGUACAAAAUGAAUGCAGACGGACAACAGGAGAGAUCGCGAAAUAUUUCUCACCACGUAGUCAAACAUUUACCAUGUGCUAUGGAGGCACAAAUUGAAAUAACCAAGCAAGUUCUUCAAUUAGUCAAAGAAACGGGUUUGCCAAUAACCCAAGUUAAUGGUCAAAGCAAAUUGGGGCCACCACCAAAUUGGGUUGGUCCACCUCCUAGCCCUAAAUGUGAAGUCUUCGUUGGCAAACUUCCCCGUGAUCUUUAUGAAUUUGAGAUAUACCCAAUUUUCCGACGGAUUGGUGAAAUUUAUGAAAUUCGUUUGAUGAUGGACUUUUCUGGAACGAAUCGAGGCUACUGUUUUGUUAUGUUCACCAAUGUCAGAGAUGCACAAAAAGCAAUUCGAGAGCUCAAUAGCUAUGAGAUUCGGACUGGAAAGAGAAUCGGUGUUCUUGCCAGUAUCAAUAAUUGUCGACUUUGUCUUACACAUUUGCCUGCACUGUUAAACACUGAAGCAUUCAUUAAGAAAAUAUUUGAAACAACAGAUGGGGUCGAAAAAGUAGCAGUUUAUCGUCUCGCAGAUGAACGUCCUAAAAGUGCACUCAUUUUCUAUAAAACCCAUAUUGCUGCUGCAAUGGCUCGGCGUAGACUAGUACCCGAACGUGCGAAUUUGAUUUAUGGUGCAGAAAUCACCGUCGACUGGGCACAUCCAAAUCUCUCUCCCGAAAAUAUUGUUGAAGAAUGUGGUAUAAUCGGAAAAAAUGGAAAACUUGAUAUAUCUAGAAGAUUCAUUGAGUUUGCGAAGAAGAUUUAUGCAAGAGAUGGAAGACGUUUCAACGAAAAGAUCCAACUAUCUGCUAACAACGAUAGUGAAACUAUUUCUUCAGAAUUAGAAAAGCCAUCGAGGAUGAAUAUGAAUAAGAAAAAAAUGAAUGAAUUGGGUUUAAUGAUAACUCCAGAGCAAAUUGCUGAAAUGGAAGCACACGUCAAUGACAUUGACUUCGAAGCGGCUGCAGUUGAAGAAAAAGCAACUCGGCAUGAUGUUAUGGCUCACGUUCACGUUUUUGGAAAUCAAUGUCCGAAAGCCGCACCAAUAAUACAUCUUGGAGCUACCAGUUGUUAUGUGGGGGACAAUACAGAUCUCCUCAUUCUUCGUCAAGGCUUUGACAUCAUCCUUCCAAAAUUAAUCGGAGUUGUAUCCAGAUUGGCUAAGUUUGCUGAAGAUUAUCGAUCAUUACCAACUCUAGGCUUUACCCAUCUUCAACCUGCUCAACUAACGACAGUGGGUAAAAGAGCCACUCUCUGGUUACAUGAUUUACUAAUGGACGAGCGAGCAAUUCGUCGCGCUCGGAACGACCUGAAAUUCAGGGGUGUGAAAGGAACGACAGGAACUCAAGCCUCAUUUUUACAACUCUUUAAUGGAGAUGGAGAUAAAGUGAAGGACCUCGAUGAUCGUGUAACAGAAUUAGCUGGAUUUGCAAAACAUUAUGGAGUUACUGGACAGACUUACAGUAGAAAAGUUGACAUCGAGUGUUUAAAUGUAUUGGCAUCUCUUGGUGCAACUGUGCAUAAAAUAUGCAGUGAUGUAAGGCUGUUAGCAAAUAUGAAAGAACUAGAAGAGCCAUUCGAAGAGACCCAAAUUGGUUCAUCUGCAAUGCCUUACAAACGUAAUCCAAUGCGUUCCGAGCGUUGUUGCAGUAUUGCCAGACAUUUGAUGACUCUUGUGGGAAAUUGCCUGCAAACUGCAGCCAAUCAGUGGCUGGAGAGAACUCUAGAUGAUUCAGCAAAUCGUAGAAUAACACUUGCAGAAGCAUUUCUCUCAGCAGAUGUUAUUUUAAUGACUCUACAAAAUAUCACCCAAGGAUUGAUUGUAUAUCCCAGCGUCAUUGCGCGACAUGUUGCACAAGAGUUACCCUUCAUGUCUGCUGAGAAUAUCAUUAUGGCAAUGGUUAAAGCUGGUGGAAACCGUCAGGUGUGUCACGAAAAAAUUCGUGUUUUGUCUCAUCUAGCUGGUGCUCAAGUGAAACAACACGGAUUAGACAAUGAUCUUGUCCAACGUAUCAGGAAUGAUCCUUACUUUCAACCUAUACAGAAUCAACUUGAAACGCUAUUGGAUCCAUCAACUUUUGUUGGAAGAUCACCCGAUCAAGUUAUUGAAUUUAUCCAACAAGAAGUUGAUCCAGUACUCCGUCUCUACGAAGGAAUAGAGCAGCAAUCCGUUGAACUUUCCAUCUGAUUUGACAAUAAAUAUCACCUCUGACUGUCAUUUUUCCUCCAUUAAUUGCAUUUUUUAAUUAUUUUUAUAAUAAAAAAUAAAUAUUAUAAAGUGGAGAUUGCAAAUUAACGAUUGUCAUUUACCAUUGACAAUCAUCUCUACCUAAUUUAUUACUUGAUAAUUAUUAUAAACCCUUCUUGAAAACUUUAAUUUUUUAAUAUUUUUCUAAUUGAUUCUACGAUUAUAGUUUCCAGGAAAUAAAUUCAACUAUAACUCGAUAUUCUAGAUUACGAAAAUGGAAAACCAGUUAGGGUAAUAUUCAGAUAAAGAUAAUCCAUCUUAUAUUUUUCCAAUACCAUAUUUUUUCAAUAAAUUUUUUUUAUUCAGUUUUCGUCUCACAAUAAUGACAAAUUAGUCAAAGUUGACAGAAGCUCAAGUGUAAUUUUUCCAAGUGUUUCGUCGUGAAAUUUAUCUACUGUGAUAGAUCCUAUUGGUGGGAAAAUUAGAAGAAAAAAUUAUGUUAAAUAUUAUACCAAUGGUGAGUUAUUUAAAGGAUGAAAACCAAAUUACAGCUGAAUAGAACAAUAAUGAAGUGUAAGAAAAAGGAUAUUAUAUAAAGGUUUAAUUUUACCUGUAUAGUGCAGCGUUAAAGAGGAAGACAGUUUAAGUAUAGAUUGAGAAGUAUAUUAGUUGUAGUAAAUGAAGAGAAUAAAGGGCCAAGCUGGGUAAAUAAUAAUUAAUGGAGAAGUCAAGAUGGAGAAUGGAAAAAGGCCAAGAGUAGGAAGUAAAGAAAAGAUGGGACAAAAAAAUUGUUAAAUAGUAGGAAAAAGUAUGAUUAAACAGUUGGAGAUAAUAAUAAAAAAAAA